AUGGCCAACGUCGAGGAAAUCGCCAAGCAGUUUGUCAAUGGCUUCUUUACGGGCAUGAGCACCAACAUUGCCGGCCUCGCUGCCGUCUACACUCCCCAGUCCGUCCUUACCUUCGAAUCUCAGAAGUUUGAGGGUGCCAACGCUAUUCUGGAGAAGCUCACGAGCCUCCCCUUCAAGAUGAGCGGUCACCAGCUCUCCACCCUCGAUGCCCAGCUCGCCGAUAACGAUCUCCUGAUUCUGGUAACAGGAAAGCUCAAGGUUGACGAGGACGAGAACCUGAUAAACUUUGUCCAGAACUUCAAGGUCAGCGUCAGCCAGGGUCCCGGUGGCGAGAUUACUGGCUUCCUCGUCAAGAACGACAUCUUCAAGCUGGUUUACUAA